GCCCGGCCCCUCGCCCCGCUGCGCUGCUGGGCACCGCCACCGGCCCCGCACCGGCCCCGGGCCUCCCUGCGGGCCUCGGCUCCCGGACGCACCGACAGCAUGGCCGGAGAGGCGGCGGCCGCGCUGGCCGUGGGUGUGCUGCUCGCUGCAUGCCAUGCGCUGGAGAACACCACAGCAGAUCCGAGCGCUCCGGGCCCACCGGUGGCAGCAGCAGUGAGGUCCCACUUCAACGACUGUCCCGACUCUCACAGCCAGUUCUGCUUCCAUGGGACCUGCCGGUUCCUGGUCCAGGAGGACAAGCCGGCGUGCGUGUGCCACUCGGGGUACGUGGGGACGCGGUGCGAGCACGCCGACCUCCUGGCUGUGGUGGCUGCCAACCAGAAGAAGCAGACCAUCACCGCCUUGGUGGUGGUGUCAGUGGUGGCCUCGGCGCUGCUCAUCGGGGUCUGUGUGCUCAUACACUGCUGCCGGCUGCGGAAGCACUGCCAAUGGUGCCGGGCGCCUGGGGGAGGCCAGGAGAAGCCGGGUGGGCUCCUGAAAGGGGGAACCCCCUGUUGCCACACUGAGACGGGUAAGGGGACCGCGGGGCACCACGGUGGGACACCGGCUGCUGGUGUGUAACCGCGCUCGCCAUCCCCUUCCCCGCAGGGGUCUGAUGGAGCCCCUCGCCCAGGACAGCCCUCGCCGGGGACCAGCGCAGCCUCUCCCCUCUGGUUUCCCUCUUUCCUUCUUGGUUGCUUGGUUGGUUUCCCCCCCCUUUUUUUUUUGCCUUUAUUCCCCCUUUUCCCCCACCAUGGAACACGACAAGAAGCGCCCCGGCACAAGGUGCGGUCGGCAGCACCACAAGGAUGCUGGCAGCAGCAUCACCCUCUCCAAAGAGCCAAACCCAGCAACGCACAACUGGGUUUUUUUGUUGGCUUUUGGGUUCGUUUUUUCCUAUUUCUUGGAUUAUUUUUGGCGUUUUUUAACAGCAGAACCCCUCACCCCUGCAGGAGGGGGCUUUAUUUUUCUAUAGAGACAGAACCCCUCAGCAGUCGCUCACUUUGGGGGCAGAAAUGAGCUUUUUAGUAAUAAUCAAAUGAACUUUAAUCCUAGGAACCCUCGUCAGGCCGGUGCUCUAACCUCCCGGCGCAGCCUUUAAUCCUCUCCAUAGUCUUUUCUCAUAACAACCCAAAGCUUUCAUGGUUCAUUUUGGUUUCGUUCUGUUUUAAAGUCCUGGUUACUCUCAUGUCUUCUGUAUAUGUUGCACUGAAAGUUAAUAUUUAAUGUUUUAAUUUAUUUUGUGUGGUUAAAUUAAUGUUGAUUUCUAUAAUAUGUUAUUGUGAUCAGCUGAUCUUUUUUUUUUCCCCUAAUACCUGGAUUAGAGUUAUUUAAGUGAUAUAAAGGACACUUUUUU